GGAAAAGUUGCUCAAACUUCCCAAGCUUUAAGUGGAAACAGUAAAUUUUAUUAAUAACAUGUUACAUAUGUUAAUAAUAUAUGAAAAUAUCAUGUUGUAUUAAGACUUUGUGUUAAACAUGAGGGUGUACAGAAGGGUCGAUGGCAGACCGCCAUGGGCUUGUCUGCCACCUCUGAAUUUACACCCUGCUCAUAACUGGGUUGAUUCAUUGGAACUUAAACCGAGGGAGCUCAAGCCUACAACCUAGAUUGAAGAUGCAAUGAUUUAAAAAAUGUGUACAAGGGCGGAGGGCCUAUGUCCUGAAUGGGCGAAUGAGCAAAGAAUGAACGUGCUCUUCGCCCCUCUUCGAGACAAAGAGUUAAAUCCAGAAUCUUGGAAUUCAAAAGUUAGGUUUUGGAUAAAUUUGACGGAAAAAUGGAGUCGAGCUAAUUCUUCCCCUCUGCUUGAUAUUGGGCUACUAAAGAAAGAAUUUGCAAGGAACGGAAAAACUCCACAUUGUCUCUCUGAGGUUCUAGUUGAAGGAGUAAAGUCCGGGUUAUUAAGUACUCCAGAGAAUCAUCUACAGGCUUUAAAAACCCGAAACCAGACCUGGGGUUCCUGGGUUCUUGGUCUAGGUACAAGUGCAGUUAAAGCAGUAGGAACGAAGGUUCUUGGUUCUAGUUUAAAUACAGUGAUAGUUCCAAGUGUGGUGGAACAGUUAAAAACAGAGAUUCUUGUAAAACUAGCAGAGUGUGAUCGUUUUAUUCCAUCUCAUCGGUCUAGUUUUAUUACUGAAGCACAGCUUCGAACCCACCUUGAAACAGUCAUAACUCAGGAAUCUUCUCGAGACUUUAUUCUCCAGGUUCUACUUGAGGAGAGAAAAAUCUCCAAACUAAACCUUGACAAACUAACAGUUUACAAACUAGCCGUGGCUGACGAACCUGUCGAUGUGGAUGAAGUUGACAAGGGAUUACUCCACUUAAAAAUUAACCUGGAUCAUCUCAGCAAUGAAAUCCCUAACCUUGAGACAAAAAUUGCUGCUGAAGAAGCAAGUGUCCGGUCAAGUUUAAAGUCAGGAGCAAGAACUAAAGCAAAGGUUUGUUUAAAGCGUAAAAAGCGUCUUGACGCAAAACUAGAGCAGCUUCAUUCGCAGCAGCUAAAUUUAGAACAUAUUUAUGAAGAACUGUUGACAGCUGAGACAAAUAAGAAGAUAAUGAUAGCUUAUAACUCAGGUUUAGCAGCAAUGAAGAGCAUGGUUGAUGUUUCACUACUGGACGAAGCGGAGUCUACAAUAAGUGAUUUGGCAGAGCUACUCGAUAUAAACUCACAAAUAGGAGAUACAUUAGUCAUGAAUGAACCCGACCUAGACGAUCUUGAAAGAGAACUUGAAGAGCUGGGACGAGACGUUGUGGACAAUCCAUCAUUUGACAAGGACAAGGAAACCAGGAAGGAAGAAAUUGACAAGAUCGGAGAGAAUGAUUUUGACUCCGUCCUUCAAAAUCUAGAGAAAUUAGAGUUUGAUUUAGAUCCUGUCAUUGGAAGAAAAAAAGCUGAAAGAUUUGAACAAGCAUUAUAGCAAGGCGCUUUAACAAAUUAUAGACUUAUUAAAGAGAUAAGUUAAUUAUCUUAAAUCAUAAUUUUUAUUUUGCUUUUAAGAAAGUGAGCCAUGAAAACAAUAUUGUUUAAUGUUAAAACACUAUAUUAACCUCAUGACAUUUAUUUAUCCAGAUUUAUAUGUAUAUUU